CCUCUUUUUGGCUUCCUCCAGAACAGAAAACGGCCGAUAUCCAACGAUGGACGGGUUUACCGGGGACAUGCUGAGCGGAGGCCGGGCUCUGCUGGGCGAGGACAGCUCGGUGGUGGCGCGCAUGCAGAAGAAGUUCUGGAAGACCAAGCAGGUCCUCAUCAAAGCUACAGGCAAGAAGGAGGACGAGUACGUGGUGGCGUCGGACGCUGACCUGGAUGCCAAGCUGGAGUUCUUCCGCUCUGUUCAGCUGACGUGCACGGAGCUGCUGAAGGUGAUCGAGAAGUACCAGCACCGCAUCACACGCCUGUCCCAGGAGGAGAACGAGCUGGGCCUGUUCCUGCGUUUCCAGGCCGAACGCGACCGCACCAAGGCCGGCAACAUGAUGGAGGCCACCAGCAAAGCCCUGUGUACCUCCGCCAGGCAGAGGAUGGCGCUCUGCCCGUCGCUGCAGCGCAUGUACCAGGAAGUGGAGACCUUCCGGCGGCGCGCCAUCGCCGACACGCUGCUGACCGUCGGCCGCAUGGAGAAGGCCCGCACCGAGUACAGGGGCGCGCUGCUUUGGAUGAAGGACGUCUCUCAGGAGCUGGACCCGGACACCUACAAGCAGCUGGAGAAGUUCCGCAAGGUCCAGGCUCAGGUCAGAGGGACAAAGGGCCAGUUUGAGAAGCUGAAGAACGACGUGUGCCAGAAGGUGGACAUGCUGGGGGCGAGCCGCUGCAACAUGCUGUCUCACUCCCUCUGCACCUACCAGACCACUCUGCUGCAGUUCUGGGAGAAAACCGCCACGUCCAUGUCGGGGAUCCACGAGGCCUUCAAGGGGCACAUACCGUACCAGUUCACCACGAUCAAGCACCUGCGGGACCCGCUGGAGCAAAUCUCGGAUUCCCCAAAACAAGAGGAGGACAAAAAGGCCCCGCAGAGCAACACGGACAGCCUUGUGUCUUUGGACGACGACCAGCCAGCAGAAAGUGCAUCUGAUUCAGGCCUUAAGCUCAGCAGCGACGGGCGGGGCGUGGCCGGCGACCGCGCAGCGCUCUCUGCAGGCUCCGGCGACGACCUGCUGCUCAUGGCCUGCGACAUGCCGCCCCCAAAUGUCCCCCUCCGGCCCCUGGUCCCGCCUCCCUCCCGGGCCGACGACCAGCAGGAGAGCUGUAGCUUUGGGAGCUUCGAGUCGGGCCUCCCACCGCAGCCUGCCUCGGGUGAGGGUCUGCCAGGCCUGAGACUGGAGGAAGAAGGGGAGCGGAGCGACAUGGCCUUCCUGAAGGACCUCCUCAGCCCGGGUCCAGGGGCCGGCGAGGAGUUCAGCAGAGAGUGGCAGGAUGCCUUCGGGACGUUCGACCCACCCAGCGUUCCUGCUGCCGGCGCCGGCGGUGCGGCCCGUCCCGCCUCCAACCCGCCCAGCCCCACAGGCUUCCUGCCGUCUCAGCUGCUGGAUCACAGCCUGAGCUCCUCAGGCUGGGUGACCCCACCCAUGUUCCAAGCUCCGCCCCUUCAGCUGCCGACCCAGGCGGCUCCUCGGUCUCAGCCGCCCGCAGCGAGCGCCGCGCCUGCAGGAUCCAAAGACAUGUCCGCGUGGUUCAACCUGUUCGCAGACCUCGACCCGCUUUCCAACCCCGACGCCAUCGGACGCUCCGCGGACGAGCUGCUCAACGCCUGACCGCGCUCGCCGUACCUUCACUCUCUCUAAAAAUCUGUAUGUCGGCAAAUUCUCCUUCCAUCAUGAUUGAGCGCACACGCAACACACACAAGUUCCCCACGAAGCUGUUUUCAGCUGGAAACACUAAAAACACUUUGAGCUGAUCGUUAAACUGACCGAACACCAACACUCGCACAGGAGCGGCUGUGGAUUAUGUUACCUGUCGGUUACCGCCACGCCCUGAACGUCAGGGAGGACGCCCGGUGCUCCGCCUUUGCUUUGGAGGGUGCUGCGUGCUUUUUGUGUUUGACUUGCUUUGGGUGUGCGUCCGGAGGUCCAGGAUGUAUUUUAGAAAUGUCUCUCUACUGAAAAAGGUUUGUACGGAGGACCAUACGAUUGUCACAAACGAUGCAUAUGUAAGGAACUGGGAUAAGCUUAGCGGAGGAGAAGGGGACGGGCCUGUUUGUUUGGCGCCCUGAAAGUCGGAAUGACCGUGGACGCACCAGAAAUCUGUAUCAUGAAGACUAGCCGGCUCUCUAUUUAAAUGCUUUACACAGGUAUACAUGAAAACGCUCCGUUUUCACGGGAUUUAAGCAAAGAUUUCAAAGCCAAAAUACCUAAUAGGAUCUAGCAGUUAGUACCUUUUUAAUAGGAUCCUUCCUGCUCUUUAGAGACUAAAACAAAUACAACAAAGCUGAUAUAUUCUAGUUAAUUUGUCGGGCUCGCUGGUGGUCUGCCCCCAAAAAGGUUCCAUUAAUUAAUAAAUAAAUGAAGUGGUGGCGCGGUUUUAGUUUCCUUGCAACGACUGUCUUGCAAAGCCAAACAGAUUUAAAAAAAAACUUGACUUGUCUUUCUUGUAAGCGAGGGGAAAUGUUGCAUUGUUUCAGCCAGCUGGCCGGCAGCGCUCAGCGUCGCUCCGUGUUCCUCUUUUUCUCAAGUUAUAACACCGUGACUUUUUUCAGUCCCAAAACGGACCUU